AUGCAGCGAUCUGGAAGGAUAGAGGAAGAGAUUGAAAUGCUUCAGCUAAAACUGAAGCUGUUGGAAGAAGAGAUAGCUUUCAGUGGGAAGAAGACAAAGAUUGCUAGAUCUCAAGGGAAGAAGAUUCAAAUUACAAUUGAAAUAGAGUAUUUAAGAAAGGAGAAAAGGAGAAAAGAUUCUGAUUGUAGAAGAAAACACCAUCUGUUUGGUACGGGACAAGGGGAUGCAGAUUCUGCAUGCAAAAUGGAACACCACUCACCCUUUGGCGCUGGAAGAAUUCCGAAAUUUUCAUUUAUGCAGCAAAGAAGUUUGUCAUGGCCAUCCGAUAGUGGAGAUCAAAGAAGAGGAUGGUCAGUAGAGGAUGCAGAUUCUACACGCAAAAUGGCAGAUGACUCACCAUUUGGUGCUGGAAGAAUUCCGAAAGUCCCAUUUUGA